CGCCAAGAUGGCGUCCAUUCUCGAUCAGUACAUGCAAGCUUCAGCGGGAGAAAACUUGAAUCCGUUUCUAGGACCAGACGUUACGGAACCUAUAUCAACUGGAUAUGUAGAAGUUAAGAGUGAAGAUGAUGUUCCCAUUUUUCGGCGACAGAAAAUCAACUUCAGACCACCAAGCAAUAUCGUUGAUGUUGUUGUGUGUAACAAUAUGGUUGCUAUAGCACUGAGUAACAAUGUGCUGAUGAGACUGGAUUUGACAAACCCUAGUGAAAUAGAUAGCGUUGAUAUCACCAAACGAAUGGAUGACUCUGUUCAUAGAAUCUUCAUGGAUCCAACUGCCAGACAUCUUAUUGUCUGCAUGAAGUCUCAAGAGUCAUUCUAUUUGGCCAGGAAUUCCAAGAAGCCCAAACCAUUAGCAAAAAUGAAGGGACAUCUGAUCAAUGCCAUUGCAUGGAAUAAAUCAAAACUGACUGAGAGUUCUACACAGACAAUUCUUCUGGGGACAACUAAAGGGCUGGUAUUUGAAACAGAGUUAGAGCCAGAGGAGAAGUUCUUUCAAGGUGGUCUUGAGAAAUUUUGGAAGCAAUUGUACAAUGUGAAUUCAAGUGGUGGUCCAGAAGAGCCGAUUUAUGGAAUCAUGUUUGAGAAGUUUCCUGUGUCUCCAAAAUCUGACAGGAAAUACUUUGUUAUGGUAUCAACAUUGAGCCGCCUUUAUCAGUUUAUUGGUGAUGUAACAGUUACAGACUCCCUGGAUUUACAGCCAUUGUUUGCAGAAUAUGAGAGCAACCCUGCACCUUUCCUUGAGAUGCCAGGUCAUUUGGAUUCUAGUGAAUUAGCUCUGUUUUACCCCAAGAUUAGGGGUCUGCCAAAUUCUUUUGCGUGGCUCACAGGAAGUGGUGUUUACUUUGGUAAACUAGACUUUGGUCCCCCCGAGUCUUGGGAUAAUAUCACAGCAGAAACAAGACUAUUACAAUAUGGGUUUGAGGAAGGAAAGGAAACAACACCUCCUCUAUCCAUUGGACUGACAGGUUUCCAUGCUCUUAUGCUGCAUAAAGACAAGUUUCAGGCAGUAUCACUUCUCAGUGAACAAGUUGUGUUUGAAGAUCAGUUUCCACCUCGGUAUGGUGCAAUGAGAGGACUCUUUAUUGAUACAGUGAAGAAGACUUUGUGGAUAUUCUCAGAUUCAGCAAUUUUUCAGUAUCAUGUUACAAGAGAGAGCAGGGAUGUCUGGAAAAUGUACCUUGAAAGGGGAGAAUUUGAGUUGGCCAAGGAGUAUUGCAGGGAUAAUCCAGCAAAUUUGGAUAAAGUGUUAACUAAACAAGCUGAGGAACUAUUUGAAAGCAAGAGUUACGCCAAUGCUGCCAGAUGCUAUGCCCAAACUCAAGUAUCAUUUGAGGAGGUUGCCUUAAAGUUUAUUCAAGUUGAGGAGAGCCAGGCACUCAGGAUGUUUCUUUUAAAAAAGCUAGAUAGUAUGAAACACCAGGACAAGACACAAAUGACUAUGCUGAUAAUGUGGCUGAUCGAAUUGUAUUUGAACGACUUGGGAGGUUUAAAGGAAGAAAACGCUAAACUAAAGUACGAAGGCUUACAGGAAGAAUUCAGGAAGUUCCUUGCUCAAACCAAAGUAAAGACAUGUCUCGAUCAAAACAGGAAGACAGCCUAUGAUUUGAUCUCUAGUCAUGGAGAUGUAGAGAACUUAAUAUUUUUUGCCAUGUUUAUGCAAGAUUUUGAGCAUGUUAUCAGUCAUCAUAUUCAGCAUGAUGACUUUAUGGCUGCAUUGGAUGUCCUCACUAAACAGACAGAUACGGAGCUUUAUUACAAGUUCUCUCCUGUGCUAAUGCAGCACAUUCCGCGGCAAACGGUAAAUGCCUGGACUGAACAGAAAAAGAAGAAGCUGGAUCCACGCCGACUGAUUCCUGCGCUGGUUCACUAUCACCAACAAGGGAAGUCAACUCAGACCGAGGAGGCCAUCCGCUACUUGGAGUUCUGCAUAGAGAGACUCGGAAACAGAGACCAGGCCAUUCACAAUUAUUUGCUGUCGUUAUACAUUGAACAAGAAGAUGAUGAGUCAUUAUUACGAUACCUGCAAAUGCAAGGACAGGAUCCAGAAGAAGUUUGUUAUGACAUGAAGUACGCCUUGAGACUGUGUUCAGAACAUGACAAACAGAAAGCCUGUGUUCACAUCUACAGUACCAUGGGACUCUUUGAAGAAGCGGUUGAUUUGUCUUUAAAGGUCGAUGUAGAUCUUGCCAAGAUUCAAGCCCAGAAGCCCCCGGAGGACGACGAAGUGUUGAGGAAAAAACUCUGGCUCAGAAUUGCGCGACAUGUGGUGGAAGAAGAAGGAGAUGUGAAAAAGGCAAUGGAGUUUUUGAACCAAAGUGAACUUCUAAAAAUUGAAGAUAUCCUUCCAUUUUUCCAGGAUUUUGUUACCAUUGAUCAUUUCAAGGAUGCUAUUUGCUCGUCACUUCAUGAAUACAAUCAACACAUUGAAGAACUAAAAAGCGAAAUGCAAGAAGCUACAGAAAGUGCCAAAACGAUACGAGGAGACAUCCAUGAAAUGAGAAAUAAAUACAGGGUUGUACCAGCUCAAGAGAAGUGUUCGAUAUGCCUAUAUCCACUGCUUACAAGAGGCUUCUAUGUGUUUCCCUGUCAUCAUUCCUUCCAUUCAGAUUGUCUCAAGAAUGAGAUUUUACCACAUCUUAAAGAAAAACAGAGGGCUAAGGUUCAAGACCUAUUUAACCAGCUCUACGCGACGUCAAGAACUGAUUCAUCCUCGGUUUCAUCAACCUCACGAGAAACUCUCAAGAAUGAGCUGGAUGAACUGAUCGCAUCAGAAUGUCCUUUCUGUGGGGAAAUUAUGAUCAGAUCUGUAGAUCAACCCUUUAUCUCACCAGACGAAUAUGAAAGUGUAUUGGAAAGCUGGCAGUGAUUUUUAACCAUAGAAUUAUUUAUGGCAUAUCUUCUUUAAGAGCAGAAUUUAUUUCAUCCAACCUCCUUACCCGCUGUUAUCACAUUUGCUUGGCUGACAUAUCAUUGUGUGAAAUAAAGACAUGGCAGCGCGAGAAAUCGUACCCCAGCUGGUUGGUGCUUUUGAACUAAGCUCUCAGCCAUGCACGGUGUUGACAUCGACUUGUAAGAACCUUUGUCAAAGCUUCGAGAUGCUAUUGCUCAACACUCCCUUUCUUGAGUACGGCGUGGAUAAGAUUAUAGUAAUUUGAAUCAGAUGAAAACGAAUUUAGUCAAAGACAAGAGUUUUGUAAUACAAUUUAGACAAAAUAAAAAUUAAUUUCUAAGAAAGAAUAA